GCAUCUGCCAUAGACUAUGAGUAACGGCGGGCCAUCGUGCACCCGUUCCGUCCGGGUCGAUGACGGUGGUUGAGAGCACUUUCGUUUCUGUUGCGUAUGGAGAGCAUGUAAAGUAGGCAUUGCGCCUCACAUUGUAUCGCAAGUACACUUCCAUUGUUUACAGUGCACGCCACUCCACCGUCGUCGUUUGCUUGUCUUUUGCACUCACCAUGAUGGAGCUCAUCCGUGAAACGCCCUUUGGCGCGUUCGUAAGGCUCAUAACACGCAACCGAGUCUUCCAGUACCCGGAGGAAGUUGACCCUUCCAUAUGGACUCGCUACAUUGACGAAAAGAAGUCUGGCUACCUUGCUCACCAUGGCGACACCAACCCACCCGAGGAUGAGUCCGAACUUGCUGGCAUUGCGGGCGUUCGGACGAGAGACCAACAGUACGAGCUUCAGUACCCUGCCAACCGUGACCAUUCGAGAUCCAUGAGCUCUUCUCAAACACGGGUUGGCGAAGACAAUUACACCACCAACCACGUCAGUGGAGUUAGGAUCGACCCCGAGAAAGGCCGAGAUGUCGAUGUUGUGGGCUGGAUGGAAAACGAUCCCGAGAAUCCAAUGAACUGGUCAACGCCGAAGAAGUUCUUCGUUACGUUCGAAAUCUGUCUUCUCACCACCUCCGUCUACAUCGGUUCCUCCAUCUACUCGUCUGGAAUCGAGAACGUCAUGGAGGUAUUCGGUGUGUCCCAGGUUGCUGCUACGCUUGGCCUUACUUUGUUCGUCGCUGGCUACGGUGUCGGGCCAAUGCUAUGGAGUCCAAUGAGCGAGAUACCGCAAGUCGGUCGCAAUCCGGUGUACCUUGCCACACUUGCUGUCUUCGUCGCCUUCCAAGCGCCAACCGCACUCGCAAGCAACUUCGGCAUGCUGCUAGCAUUCCGGUUCUUGACCGGCUUUUUCGGCUCGCCUGUCCUCGCAACAGGAGGCGCCUCCCUCUCCGACAUGUACCCUCCUGCCAAACGUGCAUACGCUAUGAGUGUCUGGGGUGUCGCUGCAGUUUGCGGUCCUACCCUCGGUCCACUCGUGUCCGGGUUCGCCGUCCAGUUUGCUCCAGUGGGCUUCGGAGGGUUCACUGCGCCCUGGACCUGGCCAAUUUGGGAGUUGAUGUGGUUGUCCGGCUUCUGUUUGGUCUUCUUGUUCUUCCUGCUACCGGAGACGAGCGCGAACAAUAUCCUCGUCCGCCGCACGCGUCGCCUUCGCAAGCUCACUGGCAACGAUAAGCUUACCUGCGAGCCAGAGCUCAUGGCCGAGCAAAUGACCGGGAAGGACAUAGUCAUGAUAUCGCUUGUGCGACCGUUCACUCUGAACUUCACAGAGCCUAUGGUCUUCCUUCUCAAUCUCUACAUUGCUUUAAUCUACGGCUUGCUUUACGUCUGGUUCGAGUCGUUCACCAUCGUCUUCAUUGGCGUCUACAAGUUCAGCCUCGCAACACAAGGAUUGGCCUACCUCGGCAUAUUCAUUGGCGCUCUGUGUGUCAUACCGCCCUUCUUCUUCUACCUGCGCCACUACCUGGAGCCCAAGUUCGACGAAAACGGCAAUAUUGCGCCGGAGGAACGAUUGGUGCCGGCGUUCGUCGGCGCCUUUUGCAUUCCGAUCUGCCUUUUUUGGUUUGGAUGGACUGCCCGGGCGAGCAUACAUUGGAUCGUCCCAAUCAUUGGCACUUCACUGUUCUCCAUUGGCGCCUUCCUGCUCUUCAACAGCGUCUUGAACUAUUUACCGGACGCCUAUCCAGAAUACGCAGCCUCAGUUCUGGCUGGCAACGACCUGUUCAGAAGUCUGGUUGGCAGCGGGUUUCCUCUCUUUGCGGCCGCGAUGUACAGCAAGCUCGGAAUUCCCUGGGCCAGCUCUACGUUGGCUUUCCUUGGUGUUGCCUUCAUUCCAAUUCCAUUCGUGCUCUACAAGUUCGGUGGGACCCUACGGAAGAAGUACAGCAAAGCCGCUCGCAAAGACAUAUGAUGUGGUUCGUCACGCAUUGCAGGAGGAUGCUCUUCAUAUAAGCUUAAUAGUCCGGACGGGUUCGUCAUGCGCCGCUAAGUGGUGUGACCUGCGCGGAUGAUGUUACGACCCACAGAUUAGAAGAUAAAGUCCUAGACUCAGCUUACAGCGCGGUGUUGGUUGGUUGCAUUGUGAACGUUAACAUAGAUAAGGACAGAACACUGUUGUACCACG